UCUCACGCCAUGGCAUCCGACGGAUUUCGUUCGAUCAAUGUCGACAUCUGGGAGGAGGACGUUCUGCAGGAAUCAGACUUGGUAGAGGCGUACCACCUCGAUGGAGCAGAGGCGCAGCAAGAGGCAGAGGGAAUUAGCCAGCAGGUGCGAGGCCACUUGAACAAAGGCGACGCUCCGACCGCCCUGUCCUCGCUCCUCUCCUCCCCCCUCCCUUACGGUCCCUCCCCGACCCUCCAACCAGCAAAGGAAAGCAUCCUCUCCACCCUGCUCGUGCUGCUCAAUUCCGUCAAGUCAACAGAGAUUAGCGCGCUGCUCAAGAGCUUGGAUCUAGAUCAGAGGGAUACGCUCAUGAAGUGGAUCUACAAGGGGCUUGCGAGGCCCGAGUUGGGUGCGGGGGGCGUGCUGUUGGGAUGGCACGAGAAGCUCACGGAGAUCGCAGGAACAGGCUGCAUCGUCCGCGUAAUGACGGACCGUAGGCGGGUCUAGGCGUAUAGCGCGCGCUCGCACUGUACAUGCAAUUGAGAGAGAGGGUUUCGCAUUCUACGAUGAUAUCACGCGCCCAUCCACCAGCCUCCCGAGCCCAUCAAUCUCUGCUCCCAUCCCGCUCUGACCUCAUCACCUCCACAAUCACCCUCCAGUACAGCCCGCAAUGCCUCCUCGUCCUCCUCUACCGCCAUUGCGGCCGCAUUCUCUCCACUUGCUCCAUUAGCAGGUCCCAGCCCGGAGUGGAGCGUCUCCAUUGCUAGACUCAUCGUACUAUCGCGGACGGUGAGGUGGGUUGUCUCGCCAGUGAGGAGGUGGAUGGAGGAGGGAAAGGAAGUGGAGAGACGACGUCGCUUCUUGCCCCGAGGCUGCGAGACGCCAGUCAUUGUGUCCCUCUUCGAAAACUCCUCGCAAUCGCCGUGGCAACCGAGCGCUUCCUGCCACUCUGCCUCUUCUCCCUCUUCGUCUGUUUCGGCAUCCUCAGCGA